UAGAAAAUGGCCGUCGCCGCACUUAUAGGGAUCUACAAAAACAUGGCUGCCACCCAUCCCUCCGGCAGUGCGAAUUCUGUGCGCAGUGGUCGGCGGAGGAAGCGACAAUCUACAAGUCAUACGGGGUGUGCGGACUACGGGGGAAGCACAUCAGAGACGGACGGGCUAGUUCUGGUUUCUUCAGUAAAGGAUCUGUCUUGUUAAAGUUCCUUCCACAAGACAAUGGUCCUUUUCCUGACUGGUCGACUGAGUAUCGACAAGGACAGAAAAGAGAUAGCUGACGGGGUAUUAAACCUCUCCCUGGAGAUCAUCUACCUGCUGACUGGAGAGAGUUACACAGUCGUGAAGAAAAACGCUAAGUGUGUGACGUCAAGUAGCCAUAUCCUUACGUCAAGAGGAUGGACCAAAACCCAGAGCUCCAUCACCGAGACGCCACCUCAAUCACUGAUACAUGAGAGAAAGAAUGAUGAGAAGAUCCUAGAACUCACCAACAAGAUCAUUGAGCUUCUGACUGGAGAGGGUGAAGAUGUGACAGAUGUUAAAAUUGAGGUAAUAACAGGAGAAGAAAUGAAUAUGAGCAGCGGUCAGCAGUGCAAAGAGGAGGAAAUUGCCAUAGAUAUCAGCCCAGGUGGACCCAGUGACAGCACUACACCUGACAGAUGUCUCAGUUCUCUCUAUGCCCAGGGCUGUCAAAAGAAGGAUCACAGGAUCUCACUGGAUCAUCAGGCUGAAGAUCUGACUGAUAUUAAAAUUGAGACUGUAGCAGAAGAGAAGUACGUUUGGGGUGAUUAUCAGUGUAAAAUGGAGGAAAUUCCUGUAGAUAUAAGCCCAGAUUUUCACAGUAAUAAAAAUGUCCCCAUGGAAGAUUACAGUAUUUUGCAGAAUCAUCAGGAUGAAGACGUCGAAGCUGCUUUAGAAAAAGAAGAGACCUAUGUCAAUUGUGAUCAGCAGUGUAAGGAAGAAGGCGUUUCUCUAGAUACCAUCCCAGAUCACUUUAGCAGAGACACAGAGAAACAGCUCUGUUUAUCUCCAGAUUGUGGAUCAGAAGAUAACCAUGUUGAAGAAGAUAUAUUUCGAAACUCCCCCAUUAACCCCAAUAUAUCCCCAGCUCUUUGGAAUAGAGAGCCAUCACAUGAUUACAAAGCCCCAUCUCCUAAUAUGUCAAAGAUUGUUACUGAAAGUGCAAGUCGUAACGGAGGUAACAUUUUUCCAAGUACUAACUGUGGGAAAUAUAAAGAUAGUCUAUCCAAGUGCAGGAAAAUUCAGAAUAGUGAAUGGCCAUAUUCCUGUUUAGAAUGUGGGAAAUGUUUUACACGCAAAGAUCACCUGAAGAGACAUCAGAGACUUCACCAAGAUGUCAGACCAUUUACCUGUUCUGAAUGUGGGAAAGGUUAUAACCACAUAUCUGUUCUUGUUGAGCAUCAGCGGAUUCACACAGGAGAAAGGCCAUACCUGUGCAUGGAAUGUGGGAAAUGUUUCAUUUAUAAAUCGGCUCUUCUUGUACAUCAGAAAACUCACUCAGGGUUAAAGCCGUUUUUAUGCUUGGAAUGUGGGAAAUGUUUUACCCGGAAAUCAGUUCUUGUCGAUCAUGAGAAAAUUCACACAGGGGAGAGGCCAUUUUUAUGUCUGGAAUGUGGGAGAAGUUUUACCCAGAGAUCAGCAUUUGUCAAACAUCAAAGAGUUCACACAGGAGAAAAGCCAUUUUCAUGCUCAGUAUGCGGGAGAAGUUUUGCCCGGAAGUCAUGUCUUCUUCUUCAUGAGAAAAUUCACACUGGAGAGAAGCCAUUUUCAUGUUCAGAAUGUGACAAACGUUUUACCUACAAAAGAGCGCUUGUCAGGCAUCAAAAGAUUCACGCUAAAGAAACUUGUACAUUAGAAAAUUUACAAGGUGGAGAGGGCAGAGCUCUAGGUGUGGAUGAAUUUUUGUAAGCUCCUGUCUUACUUUUCUUCACAGCCUCUGUCUACCAGAAGACAGUCAUCUUAAUCUGCACACAUGUUAAAGCCCCUAGCCUCUAAGGCCUAGUUCACACGAUCGGUUUUUUUGCGAGUGUACGGGUCGUUUUUUUGUGUUCCGUAUACGGAACCACUCAUUUAAAUGGUUCCGCAUAAAAAAACGGAAUG